AUGAGCCCUUGCCGGAAGCAAUCAAGUCCCUCGUCGUUGACGAGCCGGAGGCAGCGUCACUCUCCGAGCACAAGGGAGCUCAUUGCGAUACUGCGGGCGAGAAUAUGCUCCGCCGGCGGCAUCGUUGUGAAGUUCACCGAGGAGAUCGAGGCACAACCUCAGAUCUCAAACUAUGGGAACGAUGUCAAGCCGGCAGAAGGGAAAUUCGUCUUGGAAAUCGACGCGCAGCCUCAGAUAUCGAAUUACGGUAAUGAUAUCAAGCAAACCGCGGGCAAGUUCAUCAAAGAUAUUGAGGCACAGCCUCAAAUCUCAAACUAUGGAGACGAUACCAAACUGACUGGCAAGUUUGUGAGAGACGUCGAGCCACAACCGCAGAUUUCGAACUAUGGUGACGAGGCGAAGUUGAAGAAGUUUGUUAGAGAUGACAUUGAUUCGCAGCCUCAAAUUUCAAGCUACGGAAGCAAUAUUGCCAGUCCAUCCAAGUUCGUCAAAGAUAUCGAGGCACAACCACAGAUCUCAAACUACGACGCUGAUGUGGUGCGAUCAUCAUCGCCACAAUUUGCAAAAGAUUUCGACGCACAACCUCAAAUCUCAAACUACGAACAUGGUAUCAAGCCAAACAAGCUUGCGAAACGCGUCGAGGUUCACCCUGAAGUCCAUAUCAAGGAUAGUGAAUUGAAAGCCGCUAGCAGAGGUAACUAUGUGAUGGAAGUUAUCAUGAAGACCAAUUGA